CCUCCCCUGUUAAUUUCCCAAAUCACAAAACCCUGAAGCUGCAAAACCCUAGAUAUUUGCUCAAAAUUUCUCUUCUUUCUGCUUCAUUCUGAUGAAUCAGUAAUAAUGUCAACCAAAUCUCAAGCAUCUUCAUACUGUCGCUUACUCAGACAAACCCUAAGAUCCCCUAGAAAUUCAUUAAUUCCAUCCUCUCAGAAAAUUUACGGUUCCCCUUAUUUGCCUUCCUCUGAAAACUCCCAAUUGCCUGCACCAUUUUCGCCAAAACCCUAUUUCUCUAAUCUUCUUCUUAAUGAUGCUCAGAGAUAUCGAACAAAAGCCGGGCACUCUUUUCCUCAACUCUCCCAGAAAUCUCAUUUUUCCACAGCGGCCGCCGGAUUUACCGAGUCAUCCCGAGUGGUCGAGGAUCUUCUGGCGGAAGUUGAGCAAGAGAAACAGCGGGAGAGGGAAGCAAGGAAAAGAGCAGGUUUGGAUACUAAAGACAUUGAUGCAGAAGAUGAAGAGGAUUACAUGGGAGUUGGGCCGUUGAUAGAGAAGCUUGAGAAGAAGUUUUUGAAGGAUAAAGGGGACUUGAAUGCCUAUGAAGAGCCCACGGAUUCUGAGAGUGAUGAAGACGAUGAUAGGUUUUCCGCUGAGGCGGUUCAAAAGAGAGCUGAGGUGUUUGAGAAGAAAUUUAGUCGGCACAAGGAAUUGCUGGAAAACUUCGUGGAGGCUGAGACACUUGACGAUGCAUUCAAAUGGAUGAACAAAAUUGAUAAAUUUGAACAGAAACAUUUCCAGCUUCGCCCUGAAUACCGAGUCAUUGGUGAUUUGAUGAACCGUUUGAAAGUAGCAGAAGGCAAAGAUAAGUUCAUUCUCGAACAAAAACUUAAUAGGGCUAUGAGGUUGGUGGAAUGGAAGGAAGCUUAUGAUCCAAAUAAUCCUGCUAACUAUGGAGUCAUUCAGCAUGAGCAAGAGGAUCCAGAUGGAGAACUCCCAGAACAUCCUGGACUCGAUAAAGAGGACCAACUAAUACAAGGUGAGGUUGGUGAUGAUGAUGAAGAGGAGUAUGAUGACAUGAAAGAGAAGGAUGAUAUACUGUUAGCGAAGCUCAAUGAGAUAGACAAGAAACUUGAAGAGAAGCUUGCUAAGUUGGAUCACACCUUUGGGAAGAAGGGCAAACUUCUAGAGGAGGAGAUCAGAGAUCUUGCAGAGGAAAGAAAUGCUUUGACGGAGCAGAAAAGAAAACCUCUUUACAGGAAAGUAAGUCCAUGUAACGUUCCAACUUGAUUAUUAUAUAUUACU